UUGAAUCACGUAAAUUUUCCUGCGUUUUGUUUGAAAAUGAUGAAAGUGAAUCGAAAUUUUCACGUGAUCCUGAGUCAGUACUAGUAGUCCAAAAUAGUGCCGAUGAUAAGUUCAGGUAUCCAAACUGGAAAUUUCAUUUUUUGCCCGGAACUGCGAUGGGGCUGUUUAUGGCAAUCGCUGUACCGCUAGAUCUGCCAAACAAAAACGCCUAUUUGGCCUACAAUUUCGAAGCGAACUAUCCGCUCCCCGGAAACCAGACAUACUUCGAGUACCCUCCGCUAAUCCAGCGCAGAAUCGACCGGAAGCUGAUUUACACAGCUUUGGAGACGAAAAUGGAGUCGAAUGGGUACCCGGGCCGUGCCUGCUUGCUGCGGACGAUUUGCGAGGCAGCUCAGCACAGUACUCAGUACGCAAACGGGAUUUUGGGUGACAUCAUCCACUUUGUGUUCACGCCAUCAACUUCUAACAAUACUGGACUACUAUCGGUGUAUGAAGACGCGGAGAAACAAGGAAGUACGCGAAGCGAUUGUAGCAAAUAUAAUAAAAAUUGUACAGUUAGUUUCCUAGAUCUAAUUAGUUGGAUAGGACAUUCGGUGUAAUAAGACACAGAUUUCAAUAAAAAUUUAUUUCACUUCCAAGGCAA